AUGUCGGAUACGCAGGUUGCGAUCACCUUGCUCCCUGUCGACAACCAGGAAGAUCCGACCCCAGCUUCCCGAUACCUUACUCUGUCUGAAGAUAACCCGAUUAUUCCCCUCGGUCGAUCGUCAAAGCGCGAAACCCGAAACCGUGAGCCUGCGAGUGAUAAUGGCUGGUAUGAAUCGCGACACGUCUAUAUCUACGACUCUGGCUCAACUCAUGGCACCUGGCUCAACAACCUCAAACUGAUACAGGAACAGAAGACUCCUCUGGUGAAUGGCGAUAUUCUACGAUUCGGUGUCAACGUAGAUCGCGGCGACGGUAAGCUUCGGAAUUUCUUGGUUUACAUUCCUUGUGGUGACAUUCUGACAUCUUUGAUAGAAGAGUUUCCUGCACUGAGUGUCCGCUGCGAGAUUAAAUGGUCCGAAAAGGAGUACGAAUCGACACCCACUUUCCGAUUCCACCUUAGGGAAUAUUUCACUGACCCCUCUCGAUUCAGCUCGGUCGAAGAAAUCCCAAAAGCCAACAUCCCAGAACCGAAAUCGAUAAUCGCGUUUAACCCGGAGGAUGCUCCCCGUCCAACCUCAUCCAGCAACACGUUCUGUGUACCGGAGGAUGACAGCGAUAUCGAGGAUGUCCCGGCCAAUAAUGUGACUCUCACAGGAUUCGAUGGAGCGAGCGCUUCAAAUAUUCCACCUUCUGUCAGAGCUGCACCAAAGCUGCACGAUAUUAUCAACCUGGACGAUGACCAAGAGGCCCACCCGAAACAUCAGCACCAAGCCGAUCCACCCAAGCAAUUUUCUGUUUGGGACUCUGGGCCAGGGGAUGCCUAUGCAGAGCAAGAGUCGGACCACGAAUAUGUGCUUUCCGAAUAUUCCGAUGAGGAAUCGGACCUGGAGUCUUCCAAAUCUACUUCAUCUCAUACGAGUGAGGGUGAGGUUGUCACGAAACAAUUCAAAUUCGUCGAACGAUCCGAAAGCCCGGAAGACGCCAUCUCAGACGAGGAUCCUGAUAUUAGCGACAAUGAUAAGGAUGAGUGCAUUGAUCCAAGGGUGCUAGCUCAAAAGAAUAGCCUAGAGCCCACUCUCUCCGACAAGUUUGAGAAUGCAUGGAUGGCUCAAAAGGCGGCGCAGCCCAUCAGUCCGAUCAAGCCUUUCAGCACUCGUCUCCCCCCACCCACAUAUCCCUGUGCCCCAUAUGGCAGGAGCUAUAGUCCUCCAGCUCCUACGGAAGCCGGAAAUCUAGUUGGUACACAUAUGCCUCUUCAGCUAUCUUCAUAUUACGACCCGAUCAACUCCCCGUACCCAGGGUAUAGAGACGGUCCAUUUUCAUGGGAUUGCCAGUCUGUUCCUGUUCCACACUCUCCUACUCAUUUACCUUCUUCGUGGAGUCAGCUCUCGUCCCUAAAGCACAGGAUCCCUGAUUUGCGAGACAAUCUCUCGGAGAUACGUAAGAACAAGAUUGAGACAGCGCACGAGAAUGAAACACUCCUGAGGCCAACUUCGUCUACCUUGAAGCGCAAGGCUUCUGAGAUGGAGUCCCAGGAUAAUCUGCAAGAUGCCCAAAAGCCUGAUCUGGUGUACCCAGAAUCUCAGGAGCCCGAACUCGACGAAAUUUCCCAAUCUCAGGUAGUAUCCGCUAUUACCUCUGCGCUUUCUGAGGCUGGGGAGAAAUCUGAACUCGAACCUCCCGCAAAGAGACCCAAGCCCUCUCCUGCCCCUCCCAAGAACUUGACACACUAUACGGCCACUGCCGUUGUUAGUGCUCUACUCGGAGGGUUGGGGACCAUUGCUUUACUGGCGGCUCUACCAGCAGAAUACUUCCAGUAG